AUGUCAGCAGCCCAAAACGCAGCAACAUAUGCAGACUGCGUAGCCUCCCUCCGCUCCUCCCUCAACUUCCUCCAAUCGUCCGUCGAGACCCUCGAGACAGGCGUAUCCGACCUACCGCGCGUCGCGUCCGUCCUGCGUCCCACGCGACACUUCGAGCUCAUCCCGCAACCCACGCUCGCAGCCGCCGAGGCCUCGCUGCGCGACGAAAUCGGCCCCUACAUCGCUCUUCUCCUCGACCGCGCGGACGCACAGCUCGCGCGGAGGGAGAGACGCAUCGAGACCCUGAAAGCGAGAUGUGAGCUUCUCCAGGGCCGUCUGGCGCAACCCACGGAUGACGACGACGAGGGCUACGGGAAGAAGAAGAAGGCCGGAGACAAGAGGAAGGCUCUGGCUGGCGAGAGCGCGCUGCGGGCCAGGGCCGUGAGGCAGCGUAGGGAGGCUCUAGAGUACAGCGUCGAGAGGCUGGAACUGGAGGUCCUGACCAAGGAGAGGGAGCUGAGGAAGAGGCUGGACAAGGCCUGA